UAUAGUUUAACCAAAGCAGUAACGCUGUUCGUUAUCUGAAGGCAUCUGGAGAUAACGUGAAAUGAACUGGAACUGGUUGAAACCGUCAUACUGGAUUACAACUCAGCACAAUCAAACAGUUCCAGAAAACGCUAUAUUUUAUACAUCCGUUGAUUUUGAGGUAUCAGCAUCUCAUUAUCGAAAACCGGCAAUAUACGCCUUCGGGUCGUACCUUUUCGCUUUUUGCGAGCAGAGGCUUGACACUAUCAAGGAUUACGGCAUAAUGCACAUAGGAAUGAGGCGCAUCAAAGCUUCAAAAAUCAAAAAGGGUUCACCUGAAGGUCAUAAAUGGGAUGUUUAUCAGCAGUUACCUGUGCUAGACGGAUUUAGAACGAUGAAUCCUUGCCCUGUUGGUUGCUCCGACACAAACAAUCUCUAUCUUUUAGUAUCUGCCAUUAGUGUCCAUGUUCUGGAAUCUGAAAUUUUGAAAGGAACCAGUAAUGAAGAUUUUAAAAUUUAUGUGUCAUGCUCUUCUGACUUUGGAGACACAUGGAGCGAUUGGAAAGAUAUAACUUACAAUUUCAGCGAAAAUCUUCCAGUUGGCGCAAAGUUUGUUGUAACUGGCCCAGGACACGGAUUUGAAAUGCAAUCAGGGUGUUUAGUUGUGCCUGGUUUUUUCUAUCGCAAUCCCGAUCUGUUUAAAUUAAAUAAAAGUGUUCAUCUUUCUAGUAAUCACCUGAAGUAUCCAUUUCGAAACGUCGGCUGCUCAUUCUGUUUGCUCAGUACUGAUAAAGGUAGAUCGUGGUUCAUAUCAAGUUCAACUGAUAAUUUUGCUUUUUGUGUCUCUGGAGGGUUGUUUCGAAAUAUGGGAGAGUGCAGUAUCGUAGAAUGUAAACGGGACUGCUUGCUUUUGAAUUCGGGGGAAUGUGGAAAUGGCCAAUAUAGAAUAUUGGCAAAAAGUUUGGACGGCGGCUUGAAUUGGAGUCGAGGAAGUUUGUGUACAGAGCUAAGUGAAAGUAGCAGCAGAGGAUGCAAGGGCGGCUUGGCUAAAGUAGUCCACGAAAAUGUUACGUUUGUGGUUGCGAUCAAUUGCGGUCAUCCUUCAGCUAGAAAAAAUCUGACUCUCUGGCUUAGCAGUGAUUGUGGAAAAACGUGGUCGAAGCCCUGGACUGUCAUUGAUGAUCAGUUCUGUGGUUACUCGGACAUUGAUACAGUUAUUUGCCCUGGAUCCAAGGAGCAGUAUGUGCUACUGAUCUUCGAAACUGGAGAAAAGUCAGAGCAUGAAAGAAUUGACUUCUUGUGUGUUGAUUUUGCCGAAAUUCUACAAAUGUGCCAAUUGGAGUAAAACUUAUUUAAACUGGACAUAUCAGUAAGCUAUCAAAAUAUAAUUUAUAUUUUUUUAUUUCAUAGAGUUAAAAUACAUUUUGCUUAGAUUUUAAUUUAUUGUUGCAAAUCUGACUACUGAAAAGUCAGAGCAUGAAAGAAUUGACUUCUUGUGCGUUGAUUUUGCCGAAAUUCUACAAAUGUGCCAAUUAGAGUAAAACUAUUUAAACUGGAAAUAUCAU